CACCAAAAUGGCGGCGGCCGUCAGCUCAUGAAUCUUCGGUCUCAAUGUUACCCAGUUGUUCUCAAACGGCAUGUGUGAUCAUUAACGGUGACAUUUAUCUGUAAUAAUAACCCGUUACCGCCAUGUUCCAGGUGAUCGGCGGAAGGAGCGUCCAGGCAGCCCGGCUCUGCGCUCCCAGGGCCGCCGUGCUCGUGGAGGCUGUCCGGGGCCGAAAGUCCCGCACGGACCCGACGGCCAAGUCCAAAGAGGGCCGGAUCAAAGUGCCUCCUCCGGUGGACCCGGUGGAGAUGGUGGUCCUGAAGGAGAGAUACUCGGAGUACCAGCUGAUCAUGAGGGCUCUCCGUCUGGAGUUUAAAGAGGAGGUGCUCAGGAAGAAGUACGAGGAGGAGACGGGUUCCCUGGCGGAGGAGAGGACAAGGCAGGAGGCGGAGGAGCAUCGAGCCCUCAUGGCCUGGAACGACCAGGAGAACCAGCGGCUCCUCAAACUGAGACUGUUGAGAAUCCAGAAGGAAAAGGAACAAGCUGAACAACAGAAGAUAGAAGCAGCCAUUCAGCGUGAAAAACAACAGCAGGAGUUCAUCCAGGAAAAAGAGAAGGAAAUUCUGCAGCUCCAGGAGGACGCCAAACACUUCAUCACCUUGGAGAACUUGGACGAGCGCAUCGAAGCAGCGCUGGACAAUCCAAAGAAUUACAACUUUGCCAUCGAUAAAGAAGGGCGGGUGGUCAAACAGACCGUUCUGCAGUGACAGACUGGAAGAACACAGGCAGAACGCAGACGGAGGCUUUUAAACAGGUUCCAUCAAAGCCCUGAGAACGUGAAGACCAAGGUCCAACAGCAGGAAGUCAACGGACACGCUCUGAACAGAACCUGGCUUUUCCUUCCAUUGGCUCAUGUUUAGUUUAGUUUGGUCUGAAAGUGUCUUUACUUUAACUGCGUGCGUCCCCGUGUUGUUUUUUUGUUUUCUUCUGGAUCUUGGAAUGGGUUGAGUCCAUCUGAGGUUCUACACAUGUGAGGAACCUUCGUUAUAAGACAGUCAUUCCUGUGAAUCAGGAGGGAUUUAAGGAUUCAGCCAGGUUUAAAUAAAGUUCAAACCCAAAAAAAAAGGCCAAACUGAAGAUGUCAGUGCCGUAACGUCACCCCAAUAUGUUUGAUUUUUGUUUUUCAUCAUUACUGUCUGUUCAUGCUUUGGAAUGUAUGUACGUAAAUUAAUGUAAAGUAAAGUUUCCACUAAACUGGAA